AUGGAGGCAGCGGCGAAAGGGAGGGAUGGCGAGGAGGAGGCGGAGCACGGGAAGAAGGUGCCGUUCACGGGGCUGUUCCGGUACGCCGACGGCACGGACCUGCUGCUGAUGCUGAUGGGCACCCUGGGCGCGCUGGCAAACGGCGUGUCGCAGCCGGUCAUGAUCAUCAUCUUCGGCGAUCUCGUCGACGCCUUCGGCGGCGCCACCACCGCCAACGACGUCCUCAACCGCGUCAACAAGUCAGUUCUGAGCUUUGUCUACUUGGGUGCCGGAACAGCAGUAGUCUCCUUUCUUCAGGUGUCAUGUUGGACGAUUACCGGCGAAAGGCAGGCGACGCGCAUUCGGUCUCUGUAUCUCAAAUCUGUCCUGAGACAGGAUAUAUCAUUCUUUGACACAGAAAUGACAACAGGAAAAAUAGUUUCAAGAAUGUCGGGUGAUACGGUGUUAGUUCAGGAUGCUAUCGGUGAGAAGGUUGGCAAGUUUCUACAACUUGUGGCUUCAUUCCUCGGGGGAUUUGCAGUAGCUUUUGUCAAAGGAUGGCUUCUAUCUCUUGUCAUGUUGGCAUGCAUACCCCCUGUUGUAAUUGCUGGAGGAGCAGUGUCAAAAGUGCUAUCCAAAAUCUCUAGCCGAGGACAAACAUCAUACGGUGAUGCAGGCAAUGUUGUAGAACAGACAAUUGGAGCAAUAAAAACAGUUGUCUCUUUCAAUGGCGAGAAGCAAGCCAUCGCUACAUACAAUAAACUCAUACACAAAGCAUACAAGACUACUGUGGAGGAAGGACUUACCAAUGGCUUUGGCUUGGGUUCUGUUUUCUUCAUAUUUUUCUCUAGCUAUGGUUUAGCCGUAUGGUACGGUGGGAAAUUGAUAUUUAGCAGAGGAUACUCAGGAGGUCAGGUCAUCACUGUAUUGAUGGCUAUCAUGACUGGGGCAAUGUCUUUAGGUAAUGCAACCCCAUGUCUUCCAGCCUUUGCAAGAGGACAAUCUGCCGCAUAUAGGUUGUUCACAACAAUCAAGAGGAAACCAGACAUAGAUCCUGAUGACAGAACAGGUAAGCAGUUAGAAGACAUCAGGGGUGAGGUUAAGCUAAAGGAUGUGUAUUUCAGCUACCCAGCAAGGCCUGAGCAACUGGUAUUUGAUGGAUUCUCAUUACAUGUGGCUAGUGGCACUACAAUGGCUAUAGUUGGAGAGAGUGGCAGUGGCAAGUCAACUGUGAUUAGUCUUGUAGAGAGAUUUUACGAUCCACAGGCUGGUGAGGUUUUGAUUGAUGGGAUGAAUAUCAGAAGUUUACGGCUUGACUCAAUAAGAGGGAAAAUUGGUCUUGUUAGCCAAGAGCCCUUGCUCUUUAUGACCUCAAUUAAAGAUAAUAUAACAUAUGGCAAAGAAAAUGCAACAAUAGAAGAGAUCAAGAGAGCUGCCGAGCUUGCCAACGCAGCAAAUUUCAUUGAGAAGUUGCCCAAUGGUUACGAUACAAUGGUUGGCCAGCGCGGUGCCCAGCUUUCAGGGGGACAAAAGCAAAGGAUUGCAAUUACAAGAGCAAUCAUUAAGAACCCAAAAAUACUAUUGUUAGAUGAGGCUACUAGCGCAUUGGAUGUGGGGUCAGAGAGGAUAGUUCAGGAGGCACUGAACAGAAUCAUGGUAGACAGAACUACCCUCGUGGUUGCACAUCGUUUAACUACUGUGAGGAAUGCUGAUUGCAUAUCAGUUGUUCAACAAGGAAAGAUAGUUGAGCAAGGUUGCCACGAUGAAUUAGUACUAGACCCAGAUGGUGCUUACUCUCAACUUAUUCGGCUUCAGGAAAGUCGUGAAGAAGAAGAGCAGAAAGUAGACAGUCGGAUGUCUGAUCCAAUGUCUAAAAGUACAAGCUUGUCAUUGAAGCGGUCGAUUAGUAGAAAUUCUUCUCAAAAUAGUAGUAGACAUUCUUUCACCCUCCCCUUUGGGCUGCCUGGCACAGUUGAAUUGACUGAAACCAAUGAUUCAAACGGGAAUAAUGAGAACAAGCAGGAUGGUGAUUGUGAGGUCCCAAAGAAAGCUCCCCUGGGACGGCUAGCACUUCUUAACAAGCCAGAGGUACCUAUUCUUCUGUUAGGAUCUAUAGCCGCAGGAGUUCAUGGAGUGCUUUUCCCAUUGUUUGGUGUGAUGAUUUCCAGUGCCAUUAAAACUUUCUAUGAGCCACCAGAGAAGCUCAAAAAGGAUUCUAGUUUUUGGGGUCUGAUGUGUGUUGUGCUUGGCGUCGUUUCGAUAAUCUCAAUACCAGUAGAAAUGUUCUUGUUUGGAAUAGCCGGAGGGAAGCUUAUAGAGCGCAUCCGCGCGUUGUCCUUUCGAAGCAUUGUACACCAAGAAGUUGCUUGGUUUGAUGAUCCUAAAAACUCCAGCGGAGCACUUGGUGCAAGACUGUCGGUUGAUGCUUUGAAUGUCCGGCGUUUAGUGGGAGAUAACUUGGGCUUAACAGUUCAGAUCAUUUCGACACUGAUCGCAGGAUUUAUCAUUGCUAUGGUUGCUGACUGGAAGCUCUCUUUUAUCAUACUGUGUGUGAUUCCAUUAGUGGGUCUUCAAGGAUAUGCCCAAAUGAAGUUCUUGGAGGGUUUCAGUCAAGAUGCUAAGAUGAUGCAUGAAGAUGCAAGUCAAGUGGCCACAGACGCAAUUAGUAGUAUCAGGACUGUAGCUUCUUUUUGUUCUGAGAAAAGAAUUACAAACAUAUAUGAUCAUAAAUGUGAAACGUCGAUGAAUCAAGGAGUCAGAACAGGAUUAAUUGGAGGCAUUGGGUUUGGUUUCUCAUUCUUAAUGUUGUACCUGACGUACGCCCUUUGUUUCUACAUUGGAGCGCAAUUCGUGCGCCAAGGCAAAUCAAAUUUUGGUGACGUUUUCCAGGUUUUCCUUGCACUUGUUAUAGCAACUACUGGAGUAUCUCAAACAAGUGCAAUGGCUACCGAUUCAGCAAAAGCAACAGAUUCAGCUAUCUCUAUAUUUGCUCUGCUGGACCGAAAUUCUGAAAUUGACUCAAGCAGCAGUGAGGGAUUGACAUUAGAUGAGGUCAAGGGAAACAUCGAUUUCCGACAUGUCAGCUUCAAGUACCCAACUCGCCCAGAUAUUCAAAUCUUCAGUGACUUUACCUUGCACAUUCCUUCUGGCAAGACUGUUGCACUUGUUGGAGAGAGUGGUAGCGGCAAGUCAACAGUAAUUGCAUUGUUGGAGCGAUUCUACAACCCUGAUUCAGGUACCAUCUCAUUAGAUGGAGUGGAAAUCAAGAGCUUAAACAUCAAUUGGUUGAGGGGCCAAACAGGACUGGUGAGCCAAGAGCCUGUACUCUUCGACAACACAAUCCGUGCCAACAUAGCCUACGGUAAGGAUGGGGAGGUCACGGAGGAGGAGCUCAUUGCGGCUGCGAAGGCAUCCAAUGCACAUGAGUUCAUAUCAAGCCUUCCCCAAGGAUAUGAUACCACUGUUGGGGAGAGAGGGAUACAGCUAUCCGGUGGCCAGAAGCAGCGGGUAGCUAUUGCAAGGGCCAUGCUGAAAGAUCCCAAGAUACUACUACUUGAUGAAGCUACUAGUGCCUUGGAUGCCGAGUCUGAGCGCAUUGUGCAGGAUGCUUUAGACCAUGUGAUGAUUGGCAGGACCACGGUUGUUGUGGCGCACCGCCUCUCGACGAUCAAAAGUGCUGAUAUCAUUGCAGUUCUCAAGGAUGGUGCAAUAGUAGAGAAAGGAAGACAUGAGACGCUGAUGAACAUCAAAGAUGGGAUGUACGCUUCACUAGUAGAACUUCGUGCAGCAGCAGCAUGAUACAUAGGAUAAGUUUUGGUACUUACCUCUAUUCAUGUAGUACAUCACUACAUCUUACUUGAUCCCAUUUUGUUGCUGUUUAAUUAUGGUACAGUUAUUCUUUAGGACUUGAAGAGGAAUUUGAGAAUUAAGCUAGUGUUUAAUGUAUCUAUGUAGUGUAAAAUUGUAUGCAUUUAGAAGGAAUGCUUCUGUUUCUGUUUUUAAUUUUGAAGUGCCUUUUCCCAUAUCGAUGUGUAAAUGAGUGUAAUUUCUGUUGUAUGCCUGUACCUAAUACCAACAUAAAUGUGAAGAUCAGCUUGCAAAAUUUUAA